AUUGUACGCGGGAGCACUCGUAUUUAUUUUGAUUACAUUUUUUUUUUUUUCUAUAAUAUUUUCAAAUAAUAUGCCGACUAUAUUAUUAUGAUGGAAACACCAACUCAAUUUUAAUUUAAUAUAAUUUUCCGUCUUCCUUUCAAUUUUGUAGGUAGGGCACGUGCCCGUGUGCCCCGUAGUACGAGCCGCCACUGCCUAUAUGUAAUACAAUAUGACUCGUUUGAUCUUUGAUGUGCCUCCGCUUGUCUAUUCCAUGUUUCGCCUGCAAUUUCCGAACAAUGCAUAAAAUUCCUGUAGAUGGAAAGUUUUUGAAAAACAUGUAAAAAAUCAUUCAUGAUACCAGGAUACCUACUUCAUCAAUUUAUAAAACUCGAGAUUUGAUGACACCGUUAUGCUAUACGUGCGAAUAUCUAAUAAAAAGUCACGAGUGCAUCGUUUUUAUCUAUGAGAUUAUGCCGCAAUAGGUACCCACACUUCUUAUUCCUAAGUAAAUACUAGAUACUAAAUAUGAAUACUAGAUACUAAAUAUGAAUACUAAUGAGAAGCUUAGAUAAAUUUGUAUAGUUAUAACAGUUAAUACGUAGUAUUGAUACCUAUACCGAUAGUUGUGUUUCGUAUCGGACCAUUGAAUUUUUGUAGUAAAAUAUUAUAAUAAUACCUAUGAAUGAUAAGUGUUCGUUGGUAAUCAAGUUAUUAAUCGUUAAAUUUUAUUAAUUAUUGCGUAUAAUAUUCGUUAUAGUUUAAGGCAUCUACCGACGAAAAAUAUGACAAUCGCAAAAUUCGUGUUGGCGUUAUUGGUUUUUAAAUUUUACGUCCAUGUAGUAGCGGGUAAGUUUUUUUUUUGUUCAAAUUAAACUGUCAUACUUUAUACGUUCGUGAAUUUGGCCCACCCAUCUUAACUCAUUCGACUUCAAUCUUAUGUCAAAAAGCAGCUAAUUUAAACAUAUUGUUGUAUCAUUGGCAAAUUAAGUUCUAGUUCUAAACUGGGUACAACAGUAUCUUCAGUCAAAACACGAGUGUAGUAUGUGCAUACUGUUAUUAGUUAUAUUUAAUAUAAUCUUAAGCGAUUAUUUAAAUUUGAAUUAUAUUGACAAUUUUACAAAAUCUAUUAAUUAUUUAAUAUUGAAUAUGUUUACCGUUGUAAUAAAAUAAAGGAAGUGGUGAAUGCACUCCACCGUGGAUGGCCAUAAAUAACCCGUUUCUGAAAAAAAUUGAAACCAACACUAAAUGGCUGGGUAAGACGUUCAGCUGCCCUUUCAUUAUGGGCGAUCCGAAAAAGGAAUAUUGUUGUUACGACUCUAGUGGAAACGUCGAAUGCUGCGAUUUCCAAGAUUAUUUCUUUUUUAGGUAAGACCCAUAUCCAAGUUUUUAUAACAACUACAUUUAUAAUUGAAUUUAUCAAGGCCAUAAAUUGUACAGAAAAUACUCUAGUAUGUUCUAUAUUGUUCGGAGACAGAUGAUUCAACGUGAAAUAUUAUUUUACACGUUAUUACCCCCCCAUCCCUCACGGCUACGGGUCUGCUAAUAUUCUAGAAAAUAGGCGGGAAAAAGUGUGUAUAGUGGCCGGGGGUAGGUUUGCGCAAUAGUUAUUCGUUAAGACCCGAUAGUCGAUUGUGUCAAAUAAUCGGUUAUUAGAUAUAUUUUGAAGAAGCAAUUUAUACACUCGCGAUAUGUAUUCGUCAUAUGCAAAAAUCAAUUAGAUUGUAAUAAUCGAUAUAUCGGCACAGGCCUAGUAGGGGGUAACCUCCCCCAUAGUUUUCCCAUAACCUUUAAUAAUAACUGCCUCAAUAAUAGUUACGCAGUGAAUUUAUUUGCAACCUAGUACCAUUACAUAAAUUAGGAGGGAAUCCAGAUGGGUUAAUGAAAUUCGCAAAUUAUUGUGGGAAGACAAAAACAUCUUUUGUAUUAAUAACUGUCGCGUAAUAUACGUUGGUCAAGUGGUAUUCACAAUACAUUACAUUCAAACUCCAAACUGCCUUAUGUUUUUAAUCCCGAACGCAAUUAAUUAUUAUUUUUUACUAUGAAUGUACCAAUGCACAAAUAGUAAUAACUUGUAAAAAUAGUAAAAAUAUGUAAUAUUAUAUUUCAUUCCAAAAUGUCCUAAACCAUUAUGGUGUGUUGUAAUUUUUCAGACUCCUAUGUCUUGUACCUGUCAUCAUAAUUGCAACGAUUGGUCUUUUAGUCAGCACUAUUGUUUGUUUCAUUACUUGUUUUGUAUGUCCAUGUUGUUAUAUUUACAAACGAAGACGAAAUACUGGAAUAAUUGCAAUAUGUGAGUAUACAAUUAAUUCACCAGACAUAUUUUUUGUCAAAUGUAACCCAACAAGCGGUUUUAAUUCCUUUUAUUUAACCAACUACCUACCAAUAUGGAAAAGGCCACACUAUUACAAUAUAUCUCUUCCCACACAAAAAAAAACACUUUUUUCUUUUAAAUUAUACUAGGAUAAGUGCUCAAUAAUAAUAUUAAUGUAUUAUUUCAAAAUAUAAAAUUAUUAAUUAUAUUAAAUAAAAAAUAAUUAAUACAAAUAAUAUUUAAUACAUAAAUGCCAUUAGAUGCUUAUAACUUAAAAGUUUUUUUUUUAAAUUUAUCAUGAUUUGCGUUAAUGUUUUUUUUUUAUAAUAGAAAAAUAUUAUUAGUAUAUUUGUAUAGAUACAGUAUUCAAUUUUCAUUAAACAGCAUAAAAAUAAAAUAAAUAAAUAAACAAAAAAUAAAUUUUACAAAUUCAAAAUAAUAAUUAUAAUAUCAGUUUUAUGUAUAGCAAAAUUAAAUUAACUGACAUCCAAAUUAUUAUUUUAAAUGAAUUUGGCACAGGCUUUAAAUGCAAUUCUAUAAAAAAUAGAUUUUUAAUAAAAGAUUUCUUAAUAAUACAAAUAUAAUCUCUAUAAUUUGUUUAGAAUAUUUAGUAUUGCUCUUGUUUAUUUUGCAUCAUUUAGUUCAAAAAAGUAAUAAUACAUAUUUUUAAAAAAAUAAAUUUUUAAAAAAAUAAUAAUACAUUACAUACAUAAUUAGCCUAAUAUUUUUAGAAUAUUUCAUUUACAUUGAAAAAAAAAAAAAUGUAAAUUAAAAAUUACCUUCAAUUUAUGUGAAUAAGAACUUAAAUUUAUAAAUAAUAAAUACUAUAUUUAUUUAAGAUUUAUUAGAGCUUACAAAAUAUUAGUAAAAGAAAAAAAAUUACAGUAAAAAACGUACAUUAUUUGAAGUCUGGAUCUAAUCUUUUUAUAUUUAAAGCGUAAUAGUAUUCAAUAAUUAUAAAUAUAUUUACUUAAAACUACUGUAUUGUGGAGGGUACUCGUUGGGUAGUAAAGGUGUAAAACCUGAUGAAGCUGAAAAAAAAAAUAUAUUUAUUGUAGAUGUUUUCUAUACACAUUAAUUCCCCAGAAUUGGAACAGUUAUCACAAUUUUCUUUACAUAAUCAAUUACAUUUUUAGAAUUUUUUUUUUAAUUCUAUAAAAUUAUUUCUCUUUGGAAAAUUAAGCACCUUUGUUUAAUAAAAAUGACAAUAGACAAUGAAAAGACUCUGCUUUGAUUGUUGGUAACUUUUAUCUUGUCUUAGAAAAACAAGAACUCAAAAUACUAGCUAAAUAAUUUAUUUUUUUAAAUUAUAAAUUUCAUUGCAUGGUUUAUUAUUUUUCUAAUACUUCUCUAUUAUACCUGUUGUUAAAUCAUUAUCUUUUUAAAGAAAUAAACAAUAAUAAUAGUUAUAUUUUAUAGCAUACAUUUGAAAUAAUUUCUGUAACCAUCGUUUCAUAUUUUAAUCUUUUCAUUAAAAAUUUAACUAUCAAGCCAAUCAAAAAUGAUAAGAACAUUAUGUUAGAAUAUUGGAACGGUAUUUUAACUAAAAAUUAAAAAGAAUAAUAAUGUGUAAUAUACCUGAAGCAAAGAUUUGAUUAUCAGGUAUUCCAGCUUGAGUAGCAUCUAUAAUGACAUGGUUGACUGUAGGUGAUAGAAUGAGUACCCCUGCAGUAAUAUAGUUUUAUACACAACCUGUGAAAAUGCAUUUGUACUGGUGGUCACGUUUCAUUUUUUAUGUAUAUUACUUAUAAGUAAAAAAAAAACGCCACAACCAAAAUUACAUGCACUUUCAAAAUAUUAAAUUUAAAUAAUACUAGGAACAUUUUAUUAAUUUGAAAACUAAUCUUAUAAAAAGUUAUUUUUGUUAUUAGUAGAAUCUUAAAAUAAUACGAGAGGAUGUCAUACCUGCAUGUGUUGUCUUAGUCAUACAAAUGGUGUAAAAUAACAAAUUUUUGUUGAGCAAGGACAACUCGGUGCUAUUAAGGAAGGAACAAAUGAACUUUACCACCCCACUCAAAGUAUACAAUUUCUUUUUUUGGAACUCAUGUUAAAAAAGACAGUGAAGUAAAAAUGUGUGUCGGAUGGACUCAGUUUCGAAGUUAUAGCUCAUUAAAUUAUCGCUAACAUUAAAAGACCAGGUCUUCAGUUACAACCAUAAUUACGUUUUGCGAGAUCAUGAGUUGUAAAAUUUUAAAAACGAAAAAAAUUGAAAAUUAUUAUUAUGUAAAACCUGUAACAGGGGAAAAACAAAAAUUUAAAAAUGAGAAACCAAUCAUCCGUUGAAAACUAUGAGCUUUCUUGUAGGUCUUUAUUCUGCAUAAUAUAUAGUGGCAUACCUACAUUCUGAAAUUAUCAUCUUUCUAAACUCGUUUCCAAAAAUAAACUAAAAAAUAUUCAUGAAAGAAUGUAAAUCUUAAAAUUGCAAACUUAAAAAGGCUGUAACUUCAAAACUAAGUUUGUCCAAAAAAUGUUAACUUCAUCAUUGUUUUUAACUCAUACAUAUAAUGAGUUCCAAAUAAAAAAAAUUAUUGAAAAAUUUGAUACUUAUCACAUAUUCUUAUUGUGCCCUAAGGCACAGAUGGUAUAUAUUUUGUAAAAAAAAAAAAAUUGAGUCAAGUUAAAUUAAGUGUAUUUUGUUUUAAUAUUGGAGUGAAUUAAAUUAUUAAAAUUUUUUUUAAAAAAAAAACAAGGCACAAUUUAGAUAUUGUUCCUAUCUUUAAGUUUGAUAAUAGCUCAAUUCAUUCUAAUAUUAAAACUAAAAGCAAAGAUUAUUCUUGCUGAACCAAAAUUUGCUGAAAGACUCUGAUGACACAUGCAAAUAUUAAUUAAUGGUGUAAGAUGAGGUAUAUAAGAGGCCAAUAUUCGCAUUAAAUAAUAUAUAAUUUAAAUAUAUAUAUAUUUUAUAAAAAUAUUCCUCAAAAAUUAUACCUGGAAAUGCAAAGGGCAAAAUAAUAAAAUGUUAUAAAAUUUAUGGAAAUUGCUAUACUCUGCCCAAUGAGAAAACAAGCUGCGUGCUGGGGAAAAUUCAUAUGAUUUGAUAUUAUUAUAUUGUGAUAUUAUUUAUAACUGCAUCUUAGUUCGUCUUCACUGAAUACUUCUACUCAUACUCUUACAAAUCGCACAACUCACAAAACUGGAAUGGUUUCUCAUAUGGUAGAAUAUAAACAAUAAUAGUUUGAAAUUUGAUUAAUGCAUUUUAAUGAUUUAACUUAAAUAACUAUUGUGCAAUACCAGAAAAGUGUCAUUAUCUGUGUGGUAAAAUGAAGUUUGUCUUUUGCAUAUUACAAAAUGUCAAGGAAUUUUUUAAAGUGUUAUUUUUACUAUAAAGGAACUGAAAAAGUUUAAAUAAAAAUAACUUUAUAUAAGUAUGAAUAGGUAAAAAAUGAUUCACAAAAAAGAAAUUUAAGAAUUUCAAAAAUUAUAUCAAACAAUUUUUAUUCUUCUUGAAAUUGUAAUGUAUGUAAUUAUAUUUCAAAAACUUUGUUUAAAAGAUUAAAUAGUAGAAAUUAAAAAUAAUUGAUACACAUACAUAAUAGUAUUAUGUAUGUGUUACAUGAUAGUAUGCAUUUUAAUUUUAAUGAUUUUUAAGAAAAAAGAAAUUAAUAUUUAUCACUUAACAAUAACCUACGAUUAAAUUUUUUUAUUGUUAUGAAAUGUAAAAAAAUAAAAAUAAAAGAAAUUGAAUAAUAUAUAGAUAGCUAUAUUAUAUUUUGAUUGAAUGUACAUUGAUUUUUUUAGGGUAAUCAGUUACAACUGUCGUGCAUAACAUGGACAUAUUAUAUGGUAUCAGUCAUAUAACAUAAGAAUAUGAACUGGUUUAAUUGAAGCAAUUUAUAUUUAUUUAUUUUAAGAAUAAAUAAGCUGAAGCUCAAUAAUCAUAUUUAUAUCAAUAAUUUAUAUUGGAAAUUAAAAGAAAUGUUUUAAGAAAAUGAUAUAAAGUAUAUUAUUUAAAAUAUUAUCUAUAACCAAUACAACAAAUGAUACUGAACAAUUGAAAUAUAACAUAAUUUUGAAAUGUGUUUUGAACUACAUCAUUGUUUUAAGAAAGCAAUCUUAGAUUGUACUUACUGCCACCUUGUCUACGCUUGUAAAUAGCACAACACGGACAGCACAAACAACAAAUACAGCUGAUAAUAGAUGAAAGAAUCAAUAAAAUAAUGAGGACUGGAAUAAGUAAAAUCAAUCUGAAAAAAAAAUUAAAUAUUAAAUAAUGAUGCUUAGAAAGUCAAACCUAUAUAUUAUACAUACCCAAAUAUUAAAAAUUCUUGGAAAUUACAACAUUCAACCUUCCCUUCACUAUCAUAACAGCAAUAUUCUUUGCUUGGAUCACCAAGUAGUGGUGUAGGACAUCUAUUAACGGUUAAAGAUUCAACCUUAGAUACCCAUGGAUUGUUCUCCAUAAGCCAUGGUAAAGUACAAUCAACAGAUCC